CAUGCAGCCGAUUUCUUUUCCUUAAGAUGGACGAAACCAUUUUGUUUUUUCUGUGCAUCUACUGGUGGUCCGUUUAUGAUCCUUCUCUGUGUCAAACAAUAGAUAGGCCUACAUGUAAAGUUACCCCAGAAUCCUAUACUUAUUCGUCACACGUCAAUAAACUCACUGAACUGGAUAAGGGAAUUGAUUCUAAGUCAUUCUGGUGUAGUGAUGGGGCUUUACAUAACUCAUGGAUGGACUUGUAUCCCCACCUUGUCGUUGAUUUUGGUGCCACUAAGAAAACUAUUGUAGGACUAGCAUUGAAGGGACCACCAGCUGCUCACAAGAAGUAUGGAUUCCCAUCUUUCCAAGUUUAUAAACAUGUUGAUGCUGGUGACUUUUAUGAUGCCAUCAGAGAAAAUCAUGGAAAUAGUAGAAUCAUUAAGACAUUUACUGGCCUGACAGCUGAAGACAUUGCGAAGGGUGAAGUCAAAAGGCAUGAGUUUCCAUAUCCAGUCGAUGUUAAGAAAUUGAAGAUUUACUUUAAACUAAGACUUGGGCAGAAACGUGUUUGCAUGAAAAUCGAGUUCUAUCAGGCACCAGAGAACUGUGGUCAACCACGUAGAGAAGAAAAUAAGUGUGGAAAUAAUAAAGGAGGUUGCGGACAGAAGUGUGAACCAAAAGAUCAUACAUUCCAUUGCACAUGUCUAAAGGGCCACAUACUAUGGCUUGAUGGAUUACAUUGUGUAGCUACAGAUGAUAAAGUGAUGAUCAAUUUGAAGCAAGGAAAGCAUCUGUAUGUUGUAGCACAAAGGAGUUGUUUAAGUGAUUCUUCAAAGUUAGCUACUGUUUUAAAUAUAGAGGAAUAUAAUAAAAUGAGGAAACAGACAAAGAAGGAUUAUGAAGAUCAUUUUAUAGGUGUUGUGGAUGUGGACUGUGAUCAAAGCUACAAUCGAUGGGUAGAUGGAACAGAUGUCAUAUUUGACAAAUUUAAUGAAACCCGUGGUUAUCCAGGUUCCAGUGGUCUUAUGUCUGGACGUCGGUGGACAUUUAAGAACUCUCUUAAUGGCUCGAAUCAUUUUUGUAGGAAUGCAGAUGAAGAUGGCUACUUGUUAACUGGCUUCUAUGGUAUAGAGGACUACCAGUUGACUUCAUCACCGUCUCUGGUUAAAACAUCACUAGCGUCAGUGUUUGCCUUUGGUGCUGCAAGGAGUCGUCGUGGUUCUAAGGCGUAUCUAACAAGUGACUCGGGGGAGUCUUAUGGAUUGUUCUGGAGACCAAGAGAUCCUACCAUGAAGAAUAAGUUCUUGGAGGUGACGCUCAAUAAGAAUUGGAUUGCAGUAACUGGUGUCAUUGUAAGAGGCUACAGUUGUACAAACCCAACAAUAAAGUACCGAGUCACCAAGGGUACAAAGACUAUGUCUCAGGAGAACUACAAGUUCUCUGUUCCGGCAGACAGUGAAAAACUUCAGAUUGUUAAGCCAUCCUUUAAAACCAGAACGAUUGGAGUAGAACUUGAAGAUUCUGCUGAUUGUGAAGGUUACCAGUGGGACAUAGUUGGACUAUUGACAGAGAGACAUGUAGAUGUUUGUCCACAGGGAACAUGUGACCAUGAAUGCAUCCCAAAUCCUGAAGGUCACGUCUGUAUAUGUAACAGAAAUUACCACCUGUUUAUUGAUGGAAGGUCUUGUUUCAAAGAUGUUGAACCUCAUCUGAAGGGUCCUAAGCUAUUGGCUCUGAACUACCCUAUAUUUAAAGAUGUCAUACAGUUUCUUCCAAUGCCACCUACAUAUUAUGAGUUUUUUCCUCGGAGAAUGGAAUUCAGUAAAGCAGCUGAGACUUGCAGAGAGUAUGGGGGAUAUCUGCUAUCCAUUCAUUCGAUUUUUGAGCAUAGAUUGAUGUACUCAGAUCUUAUGAGCCAUCCUACCUGCACUAAAUGGUUUCUAGGUCUAAACGGGACGUCUCUGAUGCACAGUACCUGGCACGAUGGCUCCUGGGUUGACUUUGCGCUGUUUGAGGGAACAGUGCCUGAACAUACAAAUGAGGAGCAAGUGGUUUUCAUGGACGAGAAACUAUUUUACAUGUGGAAUUAUGGUCCGGCUAAAACAACAGAUGGCUGCGUUGUGUGCCAGUAUAGACAACCGGACUGUGCUCUACCUAUCCUGACAGGACCAUGGAAGAUCCCCAAAAGUGAUUGGAUAGCCGAAGGAUUCAAACUUGAUGAAGGAAUGCUGGAUAACAUUCUACUUGACCUUCCUAGUGGAUUGCAGUAUUUCGAGACUACUGCACCUGAAGGCUAUAUACAGGCAUGUAAAAUCAUUCAGAAUUUGAUCUUCCUUUCUUCGAGAAGUUUACUGUUGACCCAUCAGAUACUCAGUGCUCUUCUAUGCGAAUUGAUGCACAUUCAGUACAGUUUUUUACAGUUGUUGCUAGUCCAAAUUUGGUUACGAAGCCUUUUGAUUCAGAGCUCUCAAGUUGGAACUUUUGCAAGAAGUGAGAUUUUGUCUGGUCGGAGUCCGUUAUCGUGAAUCUGAAUAAACCUUCGCGGGAAAUAAGCACUAUGACGAUUGGCCACGGUUCGAGAUUCUGACCAAUAAACAACGUGGACACCUAUUAUAUGAUUUUAAUGCCUUACGAUGCUUAACCGGCCCGGCCGGCAGUCGCAGGCUUGUUUGUCGGUCGUCGAGAUUGAAUGAACAACAAAAAAUAUAUAUGUAGAAUUUUGUUUUUGCUAUAAUGUUUAAAAUGCGUGAGAAAACCAUGUACCGGCGUGAGA